AUGUCCCUUAAACAUCCACAUUUGACUAUUGUAAAGGCCAAUGCCGAGCAAACAAAGAUAACAAACAGGAACACAUUUGUCGAAUGGGGUAAAGGACUCUCAUUAGACCAGUAUUUAGAACGUGAGACUAUUUUAGCCAAUCUUGAUUUUACAAGAGAUAAAUUCAUUGUGUGGGUAUUAGUACCUAAAGAGAAUCCUAAUACAUUGGAUAUCGUCUGUUCAUGUGAGACCUUCAGACGCACAGCCUUUGUCACAAUCUCUCCGGGCGUAAUUGAAGAAUAUCUUUGUUACAGUAUCGCAUCAGUGUUCACUCCUCCGUCAAAUAGGAACAAUGGUUACGCAUCGACAAUGUUAUUGUUAUUAUCAAAUAAGUUCAAAGAACAAGGAGCCAGCUUUUCGUUUUUAUAUAGUGAUGUUGGUCCAGUGUUUUACAAGAGAUUAGGAUGGCAAGUAUAUUCCCAUACGGAAAUUCGGCUCGAUGUGUCUAAACCAAUUGAAUAUGAGGGAAAUGUGACCCUUACUCCCAUCAAAUAUAACGAUAUCAAGCAUAUCGCUGAAAAAGACUGUGGAUUGCUUAAACUAGAAAUGAGAUACACUGGCCGGAGAGCCUUGGCGGUAGUACCGAGUGCGCCUUGCAUUGAAUGGAUGAUUAUGAGGACUAAGUACUUUGCAAAGGCAUGCGAUAUUGACGAACCUACUGAGUGGGGGGCUGUUGUGUCGAGCAGAGAUGAUAGUUUAGACUUUGUGUUGUGGAGUCAUGAGUUCAAUGAAAAGCAAUUGCUAAUUUUGAGGUUAAGGGGGAGCAAUCGCCAGGUAACUAGAGCCUUGCUUAGGCAAGCUCAGAUGGAAGCAUUGAAACACAAUUUAGAUAAAGUAAUCAUAUGGAAUGCGAAUAUCGCCGAUGUAUUAAACAGUGAUGAAUUCGAGAUUGUAGCAAGGGAGCAUUCCUUGCCGUCACUCGCAUGGUAUCAUGAUAAUAACGGAGACAUAGAAUGGUUACUGAAUGAGAAAUAUGCAUGGUGUUAA